AUGAUAAAAGAUCAAAAUGGAAAAUGUAAUAAUAAUAUUGAAUAUUGUUUAAAUAAAUCAUAUGUUAAUGGAAAAUGUGUUGAAUGUUUAAAUACAUAUUCACCUAAUUUGAAGGGAGAAUGUAUUAAUACAAAAAUAGAAUAUUGUGAAGAACAAAAUACAUAUGGAUGUAAAAGAUGUAAAGAAGGAUAUUAUUUAACAAAAGACAUGAAAUGUUUAAAAUGUGAUGAUAAAUGUGAAACAUGUUAUGGAACAUCUACAUAUUGUAUGAGUUGUUCUAAUGAUAAAUAUUUAAGAAAUGAUAAAACAUGUCAAUCAAAUGAAGAAUUAAAUGGAACAUGUUUACGAAUAUUAGCAGAUGGAAGUGGAUGUGGAAUAUGUCAUAAAGGAUAUUAUAGAAAUGGGAAAGGAUGUUCAAAAUGUGAAAAAGAAUGUUUAACAUGUAAUCAAAAAGAUAAAUGUAUAAUAUGUGGAGAAGGAUAUUUUAUGAGUUCAACAGGAAUAUGUAAAUCAACAACAACAAUUAAAGGAUGUAAAGGAGAAAUAGAUAAAGAAUAUGGAUGUAGAGAAUGUUUAACAGGAUAUUAUUUAAUAAAUAAAGAAUGUUCAAAAUGUGGAAAUAAAUGUAUGACAUGUUUAAAUGAGAAAGAAUGUAAUAAAUGUGAAGAAGAAUAUAUAAUAAUAAAUAAAGAAUGUAUUCAUUAUUCAAAUAUUAAUAAAUGUAAAGAAACAAAAAAUAAUAAAUGUUCAAAAUGUUCAUUUUGGUAUGGAAUAAAUGAAGAAGGAACAAAAUGUAAUAAAGAAAUCGUAUGGUGGAUGAUAAUGAUAAUUAUCAUCAUUAUACUUAUUAUCAUCAUUAUAAUAAUUAUAAUUAUAAUAAUAAUGAUUAAUUACAUUAUAAAACGCAAAGAAAAGAAAGAACAAGAGAAAACAACAACAAUAUUUAAAAUUUCACAAUCAAAUAUCAAAUUUAUAUCACUUGGAGAUGGAAUCAUAACAAAUAAAAAAGAAAUAGAAAUAGGAGAAGGAGAAAAAAUUGAAGUAAAUAAAGAAAUUAGAGAAUUAAUAUGUAUUGGAAAUGAAAAUAAAGAAAAAAAGAAAAUACAAAUAAGUAGUAAAGAAGAAAAUGAAAAAUAUUCAAUUAGAACAAACCCAAAUAUCAUUACAAUUGAAGGAGGAUAUGCAUGUGAAUUUGAAAUAUUCAUUACAAUCAAAUGUACUACUAAAAUUAAAGAACAAAUGAUGAUAAUUAGUAAAACACUUAAUAAAACACAAGAAGAAAUAAUUAAAAGUAUUUCAAUUAAAGGAGAAACACAAAUAUCAACACGACUUGAUCCCGAUGAAAUAAAAGAAGAACAUAAAAUAGGAGAAGGAUCAUUUGGAAUAGUAUAUAUAGGAGAAUUUAGAGGGAAUCAAGUAGCAAUUAAGAAAAUGAAACAAAUUGAUAAAGAUGAAGAUAAAAUGAAAGAAUUUGAGAAAGAAGUAAUGAUGUUAGAUAAAUUUCGAAGUGAAUAUAUCAUUCAUUUUUAUGGAGCAGUAUUUAUUCCUAAUAAAAUAUGUAUGAUAACAGAAUAUGCAAAAUAUGGAUCAAUACAAGAUUUAAUUAAUAAAAGAACAAACACAGAAAUACCUAAGAAAUUAAGAAUUAAAUUCAUGCUAGAUGGAGCAAAAGGAAUUUCAUAUCUUCAUUCAAAUGGAAUAUUACAUCGAGACAUUAAACCAGAUAAUUUUCUUGUUGUAUCAAUUGAUGAUAAUAUUGGAGUUAAUUGUAAAUUAACAGAUUUUGGAAGUUCAAGAAACAUUAAUAUGAUGAUGACAAAUAUGACAUUCACAAAAGGGAUAGGAUCACCUAUUUACAUGGCACCAGAAGUAUUAAAUCGAGAACAUUAUAAAAUGCCAUCGGAUGUAUAUUCAUAUUCAAUAACAAUGUUACAAAUCAUUACAUGGGAAGAUCCAUUUCCUAAAACAGAAUUUAAAUUUCCAUGGAAAAUAGCCGAAUUCAUAUCAACAGGUAAACGACCACCAAUAAUACAAGAAGUUAAAGAAGAUAUUAAAGAAAUUAUUGAAAAAACAUGGAAACAAGAACCUAAAGAAAGAAUAAGAAUAGAAGAAGUAGUGAAAAUGUUAGAAAUAAUUAAAAAUAAAGAAUGA